AUGGGGGAGAUAUUCCUGAACACAGCACUUGGACAUCUCUCUUCGGAGAAGCAGAAGGAACGCGUUGAUGGAUUAGCAGGUUUGUUUUUACAGAUUUAUCUUCUCUCCCUUCUCUUCCUUUUUGUUCAAAGCUUGUCUAAGGUUCCUAAUUCUUUUUUUCUAAUGCGACUCUUAGAUCUGAAACAUAUCUUACAGCAGAAUAAACACAGUCCAAAGCUAUUAGAUCUUAGCGAUAAAGCCUGCCACAAAAUAUUUGAAUCCCUGUUCCGAUUUGUUGCCUUAGAGAGAUCGGUCUAUAGCCGAGCCCAAAGGUCGAACUCGAAGAGUCCUUCCAGUACCCGAUUGUCAACUUGCGCUUUGGUGCUGCGGACUGCAGUUGAUAUCUUUUUGAAGAACCUGAGAACAAAAACGGUCCGCGCAAUUGUUGAUCAUAUCACUGAGACCAUACCAAUCCCAGGAGAAGGCCUGUGGGAACCCUUGAGCGUGGACUAUACUAAAUGCUUGGCCUCUUUACUACGGUAUCCCCCUCAUACAGAACAUCUCAGUGAUGCAGAUUGGGAUAGGUUGAUGGAAUUCUGCCUCACUACAAUUCGUCUCCAACAAGGUGAGAGUAGCCAGCUCAGCAUUCGAAGUGGAGGUCGGUCCGUACUGGAUGACACACUGGAAGGUAGUGAUGAGCGUUCCACUCCAUCCCGAGCAACCCCUGUCCCAACUACUAGGGAGAAGUAUGCGGGCAACAGAAAUACAGUUGAGGAAGUCUUAGUCUCUAUGCAGAUGUUGAAUGCGAGCCCCAAUGCUCCAGUGCAGGCUGCAGCCGAGAACGUACUCCGAGGCCUUGUGGAAUUCGUCAAAUCACCAUCUAUAAUGGCAGGAAAUUCACAUAUCCUCGCAUUCAGUAGCAUCAAUACAGUCGCUUCAAAAGUUUUAUUCGAUCAAACUGAACUGGUCAGAUCAUCUCUCCUGGACUUGAUCCCAGUAAUACGGCGCAUGUGGAUCACUAAACUUAACAGUCUUAAAGAUGAGCUACUUGUUACUUUGAUGCUGUGCACUGUUGUUUUGAUCGACUCAGUCGGCAGUGCCCCCUCAAAGUCAUUGAUACGCUUAGUGGAUGGUUUGGUGGAUUCCUUGCAUUCUGAAUAUCUGAGACGGGCCGAGAAAGAUUUGCUGCAAAUCGAUGAGAUAGACUUUGUUCAGCCAAAAGUUGAUAGAACUCGAUCUGUGUAUGGCCUUCGCCUUGGUAAUCUUCGAUCAGAACAUAGUUGGACUAUUCUUUGGGUCAUUGCCAGCUUAGUGAAGCUUUCAGAGAGUGGCAGCAGCCAAGUACAAGACUCUGAAUCAGGCCGUGAAUCAUCACACAAAAGACAGCGUGUUGACUCUGCAAUUGAAGAGAUAUUCAGAGACGCGAUUUCGGCAUCUGGCACACGCAGAAUAUGUGCCUUGCAAUUGAUUCCAUUUCUCGAAAGUGCGAUUGAUGUUGAACGAAAGGAGGCUCUGGCCCGACGGCUUGUUCCAAAUAUCCUUGACGAUAAUGCAGUGUCAGCUUCUUGGACCAUGAUUGCUCUGGACAGCAUAGCUAGGGGCCGAGAUGCCAGUAAGCCCGGGUUGAAAGACCAUUGGCCACGCGCAAUUGAUCUCACAACCCGCUGUUUUUCUUCCUCGAUUACCUGUCGAGCAGCUUGCAAGCUGACGAGUUCUAUUUUGGAGGCAGAGCUCCUGGAUUACACAAUAAUCACGGAGACCAUACGUUCUCUCCUCUCUUCUGCUAAUUUGAAUGGUCCAUCUGCCAUUUCGGACGCAUCACUUGAAUUGUGGGGCUUGAUAGCACGCAGAAAAGCACAGUUGAACCCAGGUUCCACUCAAACAGCUUCCAAGCAGAUAUGUGGCUGGCUACGAGAGGUUUGGACUAGUGGCUCCGUGACAGAUCGAAUUCAAAAUGCCAGCAUCGCUUUAUUUGCACGCCCAAUGGACUUGUUUAAUCUCUUCUUAUCAUGUACAAAUCGCCCAUUUCAUACUCCUCGCCUCCCUCAAGCAGGUUCCUUGGGCAACAUUGCUAAGAUCUGGUACUUUUUCCAUGAAAAUCUCGAGAUCCUGCAGUAUCUUUUCAACCUUCACAAUUCAUUUGAUGACUGGGGACUAUGGGACCAAGAUGCAAGUUGGACGAUAAAGCCACAAACCCAAUCAGAUCCUGACGAUGGGCUUAUUUUAGAUCUGUUACGAUCGAAAUCCGAGACAUUUCUGCAAGCAUGGAAGACGUUGACUGAGAACAAGUCACAUCACAUUACUACGGAAUUCCUCCAAAUUCUGAGUUCCUUUUGUAUUGUGUCAGCUCUUUAUGAAGUUUGCAUCCCACAACAACCCCAUUCAAGGUUGCAAGAUCUUCAGCAAAACUAUCAGGCAUUGUGGUCUGGUAUCUGCAGUUUUCUGGGAACGAACGAUUUUCAUUACACGCAGGCAUGCUUGGAAGUACUUUCGCCCAUCUUGCCUCUGAUUCCAAUAUCAGACUCUCAGUCUGUUUUCUGGGCGGGUAUUGGACCACUCAUUGCACCACUCGUUGAAGUACUCGAAAAAUUGCGUCAGAUCCAAAAGAAGAAUGAUCACGAAUCAAAAGACAUCAUGGACCUAGAUGAUCAAUUGGCGCCAGGCGGAGAUGACGAUGAUUUUGAUCAAGCAAUCAUCAUCUCGAAUCGAGAAUGCGUGCCAUUUCCCCCAGACAGACUUUCAUUUCAACGUGCUUUGACGAUCCAUCUGUCUUCGCUGCUCAUACUACGCUCCAAUCCCACCUCCCCUGAAACAACUGUUCCAUCCACCUUAGAUCGAUAUUUGGCCAACCUAGAGGAGGCUGAUAUUUUAUCAGCAGGCCAGAUAAUACCCGAUGUCUAUCUUGCUUGUGCGAAACUCGGACGAGAAGCGUUGCUCCACAUUCUAGAGGACAUUGGAGAAAAGUGCCUGCAAUCGUAUCAAAUGGAACGUUGCGAAGCAUCCCAUGCGGUUUGCAUUCGCGUGAUGGCUAGCCUUGUCACGCACUGGACAGAUCUUCAGAAUGAUGAUUUGAACAAUUCAGCAAUGGACUUGUACGGCUGGUUUCUGGAGGCUCUCCUAACUCGAAAGAGAGCGUCUCCUAGAGUCCUUGUUAUACUGUCCGAGUUGAUUCAAGCUGUUCUCGGCACUUGUCCAUCGUAUGGUACUACACAGUCACUCCCAUCGCCUCGCACAAAUCUUUUCACCAUCCUCCGAGAAGGGGAUGCACAGGUCAAAUUCCGCGUUGCAAAGUUCAUUCCAACGAUUUUCGGAGGCUUUCUUCUCAAGGAUCAUGAUCCAAUUUUCGAUGAUGUGCUUGAUAGUCUGCCGAGAGAUCCUGGAUGGAUUGAAGGAAUUGCACUCCGUUUAUUUGCGUUGUCUCAGCUGGCUUCUAAGUGGCAUACAUUGCUGCGAAGAAGUAUUUACCAUAUGUUCGAAACACCGGCUCAGGUCCCCCUUUCUUUGAAAUAUGCCCAUAAGUGUAUGGAUGCUGUUUCAACGGCCCUGGGCCUGCAAGAUGGAGGUCAGCUCUUUCGACUGUUCGCGUCGCAAAUAAUUUAUACUUGGAUGGAAAACCAGCCAAUAACUUCAAUCCCUUUUAGUAUCUUUGGCUAUUCUAGCCUCAGAGAAAUGAUAGGAGACGUGCAAGACGAAGUCGUUGGGCAAAUGAUGAUGCGCGGAAAGUUAUCGGAGACAGAAGAACUUGCCACAUUGCUUGAAAAGCCUCAUCUCGAGCUUCUCAAGGCGUCGUUUUACAAAGCAGAAGCAUAUUGCGUGUCUCGUGACAUCUGCACACCCCCUGACCAAGGAAGUCAGCCGAAAGGUGCGGAGGUCCACUUACGAAAAGUGCUUGGACCCAGCGAUUUCUUGACCCAGAUCGAAAGCCAGUUCCCUCAAAUCAUCGCCUCUCUCUUUAAGUCGCUUGAUAGAUACGACCAGAUUGAGCGCGCAUACUCAAAGCGUCCGACCUUUCGUUACGCACUUGACAUCCAAAAUCAGAUCACUGGUAAAUGCAAAUCUCCGAAUUCAGUCCCAGCAAAUCAGCAACCGUCUUUUCGGGCUCGCUACCUAUUAGAUGAGUUGGAAUUUAUUUGUCAACGGACCGGGUUCGAAUUAGAGUCAAUCUGGACACCAGCAUUGGCUUCAUUUGUGUGUCGUUCUUUGCUAGAGUCAAUACACCCUGCACUUGGGUCCCUUCAUACAUGCUCGGUCGUUUUGAAAAUAAGAAUACUGGUUUCUCUGGGUGGGCAGAUGAUGAUACAGGGUUAUCCAUUUGAGAUUCUUUUGCAUGCUCUUACACCGUUUCUGACCGAUGUUCAUUGCUGUGAAGACGCCCUGGGGAUUAUUUGGUACCUUCUUGAUGCUGGAAAGCCACAUUUAUUGAAGAACCCGGGCUUUAUGGCUGGGAUUUUGACGUCUAUAUUUGUGACACUCCGCAAGCUCUUCACAUCGUCUCCUGAUACCACAACACAGGAGAGCCAAUUCCGAUCAGUAAUCACAAACUCACAAAAGUUUCAUAAAUGGCUAUGUAGCCUAAUUGAAGACUACCGGUCUCCUGAAUGGAGUGAAGAUGUCAAGAGUUCUUCUGAGCAGCUUCUCAACCUUGCGAGUCAAGUUUGUGUUCCAUAUGAUCGCCCUACUGGCCAGCAUGAUAAAGAUCUCGUCUUCGAAGUCCUGAAAGAUCGUGAUUCGGCACGACCUCUGUUGAGUAAAGCCCUGGGCGAUCUCAUAUUGUCACUACUAUGCCCUGAAUUCAAGCAUGAUUCGCACGAGAGCGGUGUGGAUCGUCACGGUCAUCAUGAUUCAAACUCUCACAUUGUUUCUCUAUGGGAUACCUUGGACAGAUUCCAGGGAGGAUCAGAAUAUUCUCUAUGGGCAGCGCGGCUCAUUGGCCGUUCCUUUGCUGCAACAGGCAAGAUAGAUGAAAGUCUGCUACGCGAACAAGACCUCCUGCUGUUCAAAGAAAUCGAAGGAACAGAUGAACCAUGCCAAUCAAAAGCCAGAAUCAUUCAGACACUUUGCGAGAAGUUGCCUACCUACAACCAUAUGGAAGCCAGUUUGACUGAACGCACCCUUCAGCUCAUCGUACAAAGGAUUACAGAGCUCCAAGACUUCCAGAGCUGUGCUGAUGUUAUACCUGAGUCCUUGACGAAGGCUCUCAUUUGGGCUCCCUAUGCUUGCCCAGGCAUCCCUCCCUCAGAUACCGACGAAGAUUCCAGUUGUUCGAUAAAGGGUCUAGCUGAUCUUCCCCUUACUGACUGGGCUUGCAAAGUUGCCCUCUUUCUGACAAGCGCUUAUUCUAAUGACCCUGUUGUUGGAUGUCUACCGAAAAUCCUGAACGUGAUCCCUGGUUUGGCUGUGCAGUUGCUACCCUACAUAGUCCAUGAUGUGUUGCUUUCAGAAGAAAGAACGAGCCAGAUCCGGCAAAAUAUUUCUGAUGAGUUCAAACGAAUCCUUCAUGAAGUACACGAUGAAAAUAUGCCACACGCUCGGAUUGUGAUUAAUUGCAUCCUCUAUCUUCGAAACCAACCUGCCCCGGAUGAAUCAACAAUUGCUGAGCGCGACCUGUGGCUGGAUAUUGAUUUUGGAGAAGCGUCCGCAGCAGCGCAUCGAUGUGGUUUGCAGAAGACAGCACUUCUGUUCCUCGAAAUCCAGGCAUCUAAAGUUAUUUCAGGGUCGCGCCGUUCUUCUGUUAUCACCUAUGAACCGCCAGUAGAGCUGCUUCAUGACAUUUUUAAGAAUGUUGAUGACCCGGACUUGUUCUACGGAAUUCAGCAAAGUUCUUCCUUGGCAACCGUGAUGGAGAGAUUGGAAUACGAGAGCUCUGGACUCAAGAACCUCUUAUUCCAGAGUGCGCAGUAUGACAGCGAGAUUCAAACAUCCGGACUCGCCAGUUCUUCUGGUAUUUUGAGAGCAUUGAAUGCCACAAACCUGCAGGGAAUUGCGAAUACUAUGCUUUCAGCGUCUGGCGCAGCGACGGAGGUGUCGUUUUCUGCUGAUAGCAUCAUGCAAGGCGCAACAAGCCUUCAGCAAUGGGAUACACCUGUAUCACCCUUGGACUCCUCUCCAUCCGUCACAGUAUUCCGUGCCUUUCAAAGUUUGAACUCAUCAUCAUCAUUGCCAGAGAUGUUCGAUUGCCUCGAUCGCUGCAUGUUAACAGCAUUGGAUUCCUUGACAGACACCGGAAGAUCUGCGAUUCAGAUAAGGAGUGCGAUGCGUGCAUUGGGAAUCAUGACUGAGAUGAGUGACGUGAUUCGAUCUUCCUCCCUCGAAGAAAUAAACAACGAGUGGGAGCAUAUCAUGGAUAGAAGCAGCUGGUUAAAGACUGAAAGUUACAAUGAGGUUGGAGAAAUAUUGAAUUGGCACGAGGCACUAUUUUCCUCGAUUAGGAAAAGUGAUCUCAUCAAAUCAAGAACCAAUAUGAGUCUCGCUGAUUCACGCAUACUCGAGACGAAAGUGUUCCGAAAAUCACUCGAGAUCACAAGAGCCCAUGGUGUCUCCCAAGCAUCUUUGAAAACGGCAAUCAGUCUGUCAAAAAUGGCGGACCCCUGUGCUGAGCUGGGGAUGGACAUUGAAGGGGUUGCCAAAUUUGAUCUUGCGAAUGUACUUUGGGAUCAAGGUGAAAUGACCGCGUCUAUUCGAAUGCUGCAGCAACUGAAGGGCCAGAGCGACCUGCAUAGGCAGGCCAUACCCCUCCGUCGUUCAGAGCUACUUGUUACAUUGGGCCACCAUGUCGCUGAAGCGCGUCUUGAGAAACCAGACUCAAUUCUCCAUGACUACUUGUCCCCAGCAGUCAAGGAACUCAAGGGUGCUUCGGAGGGAGAAACUGCGGGACGGGUUUAUCAUGGAUUCGCAACUUUCUGUGACCAGCAGUUGUUAAACACUGAUGGUAUGGAAGAUUUCAAGCGAGUGCAACAGCUGCGAGAUCGGAAGGAAAAAGAACUUCUCGGCCUUGAAGAUAUGAUGAAAAGUGCCCAGGGUCGCGAGAAGGAGUCUUUGAAAAUCUUCCGUGCCAAAGCCAAGCAAUGGUUUGACCUGGAUGACCGUGAAUACCAGCGCUUGCUCCGAAGCCGAGAGGCGUUCUUGCAACAAUGCCUGGAAAAUUAUCUCCUCGCCUUGAAGGAGAGCGAUGCGUACAACAAUGAUGUUCUUCGAUUUUGUGCCCUGUGGCUAGACCAGUCUGAUAGCAAGAUUGCAAAUGCCGCUGUUUCCAGACACCUCGAUGAGGUUCCCAGUUACAAGUUUGCGCCACUCAUGAAUCAACUGUCUUCUCGGCUGCUUGACAAAUCUGAUGAUUUUCAGUCUUUGCUUACUGGACUCGUGUACAAGAUCUGUGUGGAACAUCCAUUCCAUGGCAUGUACCAAAUAUUCGCCAGCAGCAAAUCAAAGGGAGGAAAAGACCCUUCCUCUCAUUCUCGAUUCCGUGCUGCUAAUCAGCUUGUUGAUCGGUUGAAGAACGAUAGCAAGAUAGGGUCAACAUGGGUCGCAGUUCAUAACAUGAACAUUACCUAUGUCCGCUUUGCCAUCGAUAAGCCAGACAGCAAGUUCAAGACAGGUGCCAAAAUCCCACUUAAAAAGCUUCCUACAGGUGAACGUCUUGGUGAAGAUGCAAUGAACCACCGGCUCCCACCACCAACUAUGAAGAUUGAUCUCCGACCAGACCGUGACUAUAGUCAAGUUCCUGCAGUCGCCAGAUUUUCCUCCGAGUUUACACUUGCAUCUGGUGUGAGCGCCCCGAAAAUUGUGACGGCUAUCGCAACAAAUGGUGUACGCUACAAACAGCUGUAUAAAGGAGGAAAUGAUGAUCUUCGCCAGGACGCGAUCAUGGAGCAAGUGUUUGAGCAAGUCAGCAGCGUUUUGAAUGACCAUCAGUCGACUCGUCAGCGUAAUCUCGGGAUCAGGACCUACAAGGUCCUUCCCUUGACACUCAAUGCUGGAAUCAUUGAAUUCGUCCCCAAUACGGUUCCAUUGAAUGAUUAUCUCAUGCCUGCGCAUCAGCGAUAUUUCCCAAAGGAUAUGAAGCCAAGUGCUUGUCGGAAGCACAUUGCUGAAGUGCAAACUAGAUCAUUUGAGCAGCGAGUAAGAACAUAUCGCCAAGUGACGGAACACUUCCACCCAGUGAUGAAAUACUUCUUCAUGGAAAAAUUCAACAACCCCGACGACUGGUUCAGCAAGCGCCUCGCCUACACUCGGAGCACAGCAGCAAUUUCCAUCCUAGGGCAUAUUCUGGGACUCGGUGAUAGACAUGGCCACAACAUUCUGCUUGAUGAGAAGACAGGAGAGGUGGUUCACAUCGAUCUGGGUGUAGCGUUCGAACAAGGGCGUAUUCUACCUGUCCCAGAGGUUGUCCCGUUCAGACUAACCAGAGACCUUGUCGAUGGGUUCGGAAUAACAAAGACGGAAGGGGUCUUUAGAAGAUGUUGCGAGUUUACCCUGGAAGCACUUCGACAAGAGUCAUACAGCAUCAUGACAAUUCUUGAUGUGCUUCGUUAUGAUCCGUUGUACAGCUGGACCGUUUCUCCUUUGCGAAUGAAAAAAAUGCAGGACGAUCAGGAAGCAGGAGCCGAGCCCCCUGUUGUGCCAGGAACAGCAGACAAAUCAUCCACAAACGAGCCAAGUGAAGCUGACCGAGCCUUGACUGUGGUUGCGAAGAAAUUGAGCAAAACACUUAGUGUCACUGCUACUGUCAAUGAGCUCAUUCAACAGGCAACUGAUGAACGAAAUCUUGCUGUGCUCUAUUGUGGAUGGGCCUCGUAUGCCUAA